AUGGCUGUCACGAUCCAAGAGUCACAGAAACGUAACGAGUUGCUUGUUCAAGAGAUUGGCACCUUAAAGGAUCAAUUACAUAAUCCUUCGGAAUCUCUAUUGCUAAGAAGGAUAGAGGAAAUAGAGAAAAACUUCUUCCAUAAGGUCAGCGACACGGCUAAGGCCAUUAACGAUCUCAGGAAAGAAGCAUGCCUUCCAACCAAUGAUAAAUUAGCAAAUAUCACUGCCAGCUCGACAAUGAUGUCUCAACCACCACAACCACAAGCAUCUUUGGGAAUUCCAUGGGGAGCUCCAAACUCGAGGCCCUGGAGCUCGGAACUGGAGUCGACGGCGAUUUCCGUGAAAGAUACGCUGCUUCGAAAACGCCUAGCUCCUGAAUUGGGAACCAAAAUCACGAUUUUUGAAGAUGCUUCGAGAGACCCGUCUAUUGCUGAUGCGAGUCAAAAUCAUGAACACCUUUUCGAAGUUCUUGAUGCGAACUUGACACCGCCCAUCGCCAAAAAUAGUUCACCUUCAAGACCAGGUAACUUUGAAAACAUCCCGACGUUAGAUGCUCCUCAUACUCGUACAAGAAGCAAGUCGCCGCCAAAGCAAAUCAAAAUAGAGCCUGCGAGGAGGACUAGGCGUCAGACGAGAAGAAAGCCAUUGUCGAACAUCACGAGCAAAGCAAAUGCCGAGGAAGAGUCAGAGGAUGACGCGGUUUUUGACUUCGUCGAGCCAGACGACUUGGUAAGGGAAACAGGUCGGCGCAAGAGGCGCAAGACGGCAGUCUAA